AUGAUAUUUCAAAACAUAAAAAAUGUACUUAAACGAAUAAAUGUAACACGUAGGAAUAAUGUAGGGCGUUACUUAGGUACUAGUAGACUUAACUUUAAAAUUGUUAAGUGCAAAUUAUUUGAUAUAGGAGAAGGUAUAUCAGAAGUGGAAAUAACGCAAUGGAAUAAGAAUGAAGGGGAUCAGGUUAGUGAAAUGGAAAGUCUAUUAACUGUUCAAAGUGACAAGGCAGCUGUUGAUAUUACAAGCAAAUACAGUGGCGUACUUGUAAAGAAGUAUGCAAAUGAAAAAGAUUUAAUAAAAGUCGGUUCUUACUUUUGCGAAAUAGAUACCGAAGAUGAUGUCAAUGAGACUAACGAAGAUGAAAAAAGGGAAAAAGUGGAAGAGGGAAACCAAACAGAUGAAGAUAAGGAUGAUGAAAAAAUAGAACUAAAGGAUGAAUUAGACAUAGAAUCGUCAAGCGAAUUAAAUGCAGGAGAAUGGAUACAAGGUAAAAGUAAUAGUUUUGGUUCAUAUGAAGAGGGCAAACAAAAAAUGAGUGUUAAAGCUUCUCCUGGUGUUAAAAAAAAGGCAAUGGAAUAUAACUUAGAUAUUAAUACUAUAGGGGCAUACUUCAAUAAAGACACUGUUAAUAUGAAAGAUAUAGAGAUUUAUCAUAAAAAAAAAAAUCAAAGUGAUUUUGAAAACUUAAGGAAUAGUAGUAGUAGUAGUAGUAGUUGUAGCAACAGUAGGGAUAAUAGAAGUAUAAUAGAAGAAGUGCCAUUGAAAGGAAUAAAACUAGCAAUGUGUAAAAGCAUGAAUGAUGCAUUGAGUAUUCCAUUAUUUCAUUUAAAUGAAAUGUAUAAUGUUGAAAAUAUAGUAAAGUCAAGAAAAGAAAUUAAAAAAAGUGUACAUGAAAAAGAAAAUAUUAAUAUUACAUUAACCAGUAUACUAAUAAAAUUAAUAUCAAAUACUUUGAAGGAAUUUCCAAUAUUAAAUUCAAAAUUUAACUCCAAAAAAAAUAGUUACACUAUUUACAAGAAUCAUAAUAUUUGUAUAGCUAUGGAUACACCUAAUGGUUUGUUAGUACCGAAUAUAAAAAAUGUAGAGGAAAAAAAUAUAAUAAAUAUUCAAAAAGAUUUAAUACUUUUACGUGAUAAGGCUAAUCAAAUGAGAUUGAGCAAAAGUGAUAUAACUGAUGGUACAAUCACUAUAAGUAAUUUUGGGGCGAUUUCUGGUACCUUUGCGACUCCUAUAAUUUUUGACAACCAAGCAUGUAUAAUUGGAAUAUCAAAAAUUCAAAAAAAUAUAUUUUUAAAAGAUGAAAGUAAGGAGUUAAACUCUUUAAGCGAUUUAGUGGCAUCUGACACGAUGAACUUGACUUAUGGAGCAGAUCACAGAUUCAUAGACGGAGCUACACUUGCUCAAUUUUCGAAGAAAUUGAAAAAAGUAAUUGAAAGCACAGUUACUAUUGAUCCAUAUGAACAUUGA